AUGGAAAGAGAGAAAGCAGCUCUCGCCUGCAGACGGUUUAAGGGGAAUCAUACUCAUGACGCUAUUGCAGUUGAGCUUGAUAAUAUACACUCAACAUAUGGGAUAACACAUAAAAUCACAGCAACAGUGACUGAUAAUGGCUCUAAUUUUGUUAAAGCAUUUAAGAGGUACCAGCCACUUGAGGAGAGUGAUUCUGAAGAAGAUGAUGAAGAUGAGGUGACAUUUACAGACAUUAAUGAUGCUCUACAAGCAACUGAUGAUAAUGAUGGUGAUGUUGUGAUCACUUUGCCCCCUAACAAGAGAUGUGCAUCACACACACUUAACCUGAUUUCAUGCACAGAUGUUGACAAGUGGCUGCUGUCAAAACCUGCAACAAAGGCUGUUUACAGAAGUGCUACUGCCAAAUGUUCUGCCCUAUGGAACAAGACUAGUCGAUCAACUUUGGCUACUGAAACAGUUGAUGAGGUGGUGUCAAAAAAGCUGCUUGUACCUUGUACAACACGAUGGAAUUCCUUCUAUGAUGCCCUGGCUCGAAUUUGUGAAAUAUCCAUGGUAGACCUUAACACCAUCUCCUCCAAAUUAGGACUGACAGCGAUAACAGAAAGGGAACACCUGUUUUUAAAGGAGUACUGCACUGCGAUGAAGCCCCUUACAGUUGCCCUAGAUAUACUUCAGGGAGAAGACAACUGUUUUUAUGGUACAUUCCUACCAACGAUUGAGACAUUAAUGCUGAAGACAGAAGCCCUUAAAAGUGGCCUGCAAAUACUGAGGGACCUUCCUGACGCCAUAGUCACAGCUAUCAAAACCAGAUUUGCUGAUGUCCUGGGAAAUGAAGAGGCUACACUUGCUGCUGUAACUCUUCCAAAAUUCAAACUUCGCUGGCUGCGGUCACAGGAGUUAAAGGAUAAGGCUAAGGCAAGUUUGCUGACAGAGUGCCGUAAGAUUAUCUUCGAAGAACCACCACAGCCAGGUACCACCAGCACAUCUUCACAUCACACAGAUUCAGCCAAAGAGAACGAUUUAUUUUCCUUUGAGGAGGAUGAGGAGGACACCUCCUCUUCAGCAGAAAACCAGGUGGCAGAUUAUAUUAGAUCUUCAGCACAAAACUUCAACUCUCUGUGUGGAUUUUCUCUUAUCAAGAAAAUUUCACUAUACGUUACAAUGCUGCUACUCCAUCUAGUGCACCUGUUGAGAGACUUUUCAGCCUGGGCAAGCUUGUCUUCUCUCCAAAGAGGAACAGACUGUCAGACAAAAGAUUUGAAAAGCUUCUCCUCCUACGUUACAACCACUGGUUUAGUCGUUAGAUGA